GAGCUCAGUCACCCGCCCACCAUGUCAUCGCGAUCUAGCAUAUCACGCUACAAUCCCGGCGAAAAGACCGAAAGAGCCGACUCGGUGCCAAGCGAAAGCGAAUUAGACCGAUCAAAGUCCGAGGACGUCACGUUUGCUCCGAUCGCCACAACGGCUGUUCAUGACGGUGCACCACUUCAAACACAGCGCUCCAAUGCGGGGAAAUCUAUGAGAUCAAUUGAGCGCAGCUGGUCAUUGAAUGAUGGAACUAGUGUCACGGGCAAUGAGGUCGAAGCUGGCGCGGAUGAGGAUACAGGGUUUACUGUCGGGUGGGAUGAAAACGACCCCGAGAACCCCCGCAAUAUGAGCAAGGCCCGUCGGUGGUUGAUCGUUGUUAUUGUUUCGCUGGGAUCGCUUUGCGUGACCUGUACCUCGUCGAUGUAUACCACGACAUAUGGCCAAUUAAUGCAGGAAUUCAAUUGCUCGCAAGAAGUCGCAACUCUUGGGUUGUCGCUAUUCAUCUGGGGACUUGGUAUUGGUCCGCUCUUCCUGAGCCCAUUGUCGGAGUUUUACGGCCGGAGGAUCAUUUACAUCGUGUCAUUCUCGCUUUUCCUUGUAUGGCUUGUCCCGUGUGCGGUGGCUAAGAACACCCAGACAAUGCUUAUCGCUCGAUUCUUCAAUGGAUUGUCCGGCAGUGCAUUCUUAAGUGUUGCUGGUGGUACAGUUGGUGAUAUGUUUGAUCGACAUGAGCUCGCUUUUCCAAUGAUGCUCUACACAGCGAGUCCUUUCGUAGGACCGGAAGUUGGUCCUUUGGUUGGUGGAUUCAUCAACGCAUACAGCAGCUGGCGCUGGGUUUUUUACGUGCUUUUGAUCUGGACUGGCGUAUUACUCGUCUCGAUGAUCUUCCUUGUCCCUGAGACAUACCACCCAGUGCUUUUGAGGCGCAGAGCGCAGAAGCUCCGCCAGGAAACCGGAGACGACCGAUGGAAAGCGCCGAUCGAGAAGCUCGAUCGCUCAGUGGCUCAAACCGUUCUGCGUUCAAUGUAUCGCCCCGUGCUCCUUUUGACACUGGAGCCUAUGUGCCUGUGUCUUUGUAUCUUUUCGGCCAUUCUGCUAGGUAUUUUGUACCUAUUCUUCGGUGCUUUCCAGCUGGUAUUCUCCGAGGUCUACGGAAUGGUCAUAUGGCAGCGCGGUCUAUGUUUCCUUGGUCUUUUCGUGGGAAUGGUGAUGGCAAUUCUCUCAGACCCGAUCUGGCGCCGGAACUAUAUUCGCCUGGAGCGCAAUCACGAGAGGGCAACAAACAAAAUAGAUGACUUCCAACCGGAAUGGCGACUUCCCUCUGCCAUCUUGGGUGGACCUUUGGUCACGAUAGGCCUGUUCAUUUUCGCUUGGACGAUCUACCCUGACGUCCAUUGGAUUGGGCCUAUCAUUGGCAGUGGAAUAUUUGGUGCAGGGACAAUCCUAGUAUACUCCGGUAUUUUCACCUUUUUGGUCGACGCCUACCCAACAUUUGCCGCCAGCGCGCUGGCGGCCAACAGCUUCACCCGAUCUUCUUUUGCCGGUAUCUUCCCACUUUUCGGCAUCCAGAUGUACAACAACCUUGGAUUCCACUGGGCAACUUCGUUGCUUGCGUUCCUGACCCUUGUUAUGACCCCUUUCCCAUACCUGUUUUACCGGUAUGGUAGCCAGAUUCGAAAGAAAAGUCGAUUUGCCACUUCGCGGAUGUGA